CCGCCCCCCGAGGGCGCCGCACAUCGAGACCCCCCUCGGGCGACCGCGCGAGGGGCACCGCCACGUGACUGACGGCCGGGCGGCGAGGGGCGAGGCGGGCACCGGCAGCGGAGGAUUGUGCCUGUCAUUUGGCUCGGGGAACACAGCUCGCCAUGGGACGACCUCAAAGAUAUCUCUCCAGAAUGGGUCUCUUACUUGGGUGAUGUGUCUGCUGCCUUGACUGUCUUCAUACCCAGAGGAUUUAUUUUCCUUUUGGAAAUAUUUUAAGCUGAAGUCUUAUUCCUUACUGGAAAUUACCGACGCUAAAGACUGCAUACAAGAUGGGUGAUAUGGCAAACAACUCGGUUGCAUACAGUGGUGUAAAAAAUGCUGUCAAAGAAGCAAAUCAUGGAGAAUUUGGAGUCACUCUUGCAGAGCUCCGCUCUCUUAUGGAACUUCGAGCUACAGAUGCACUGCAUAAAAUACAGGAAUGCUAUGGAGAUGUGCAGGGCAUCUGUACAAAAUUGAAAACUUCACCAAAUGAAGGUUUAAGUGGAAACCCAGCAGAUAUAGAAAGGAGAGAAGCAGUUUUUGGGAAGAACUUUAUACCUCCUAAAAAGCCAAAAACAUUUCUUCAGUUAGUAUGGGAAGCACUACAGGAUGUUACACUAAUUAUAUUAGAAAUUGCAGCCGUAGUGUCCUUGGGCCUUUCUUUUUACCAGCCUCCUGGAGGAAAUGAAGCAUUAUGUGGAUCAGUAAAUGUUGGUGAAGAGGAGGAGGAAUCUGAAGCAGGUUGGAUUGAAGGAGCAGCAAUCCUCCUUUCUGUAGUUUGUGUUGUAUUAGUAACAGCUUUCAAUGACUGGAGUAAAGAGAAACAAUUUCGAGGACUGCAGAGCCGUAUUGAACAAGAACAGAAAUUCACAGUCAUCAGAGGUGGCCAGGUCAUCCAAAUACCAGUAGCUGACAUAAUUGUUGGAGAUAUUGCACAAGUGAAAUAUGGUGACCUUUUACCGGCUGAUGGCAUCCUUAUUCAAGGAAAUGAUCUCAAAAUUGAUGAAAGCUCACUAACUGGAGAGUCUGACCAUGUUAAGAAGUCUUUGGACAGAGAUCCUAUGCUGCUUUCAGGUACUCAUGUGAUGGAAGGCUCUGGAAGGAUGGUAGUUACUGCUGUAGGUGUGAACUCUCAGACAGGAAUCAUCUUUACUUUGCUUGGGGCUGGAGGAGAUGAAGAGGAGAAGGAAAAAGAGAAGAAGGACAAGAAAAGCAAAAAGCAAGAUGGAGCUGUUGAGAACCGCAACAAAGCUAAAGCUCAAGAUGGUGCAGCUAUGGAAAUGCAGCCACUGAAGAGUGAGGAUGGUGUGGAUGGAGAUGAAAAAGAUAAGAAGAGAUCAAAUUUGCCAAAGAAAGAAAAGUCUGUUCUCCAAGGCAAACUUACAAAGCUUGCAGUUCAGAUUGGCAAAGCAGGUUUGUUGAUGUCUGCAAUCACAGUCAUUAUCCUUGUGUUGUAUUUUGUGAUUGAUACCUUCUGGGUUCAGAAGCGACCCUGGCUUGCUGAAUGUACACCAAUUUAUAUUCAGUACUUUGUGAAGUUCUUCAUUAUUGGAGUUACAGUCUUGGUGGUGGCAGUACCAGAAGGUCUUCCGCUUGCAGUCACCAUAUCAUUGGCUUAUUCUGUUAAGAAAAUGAUGAGAGACAAUAACUUGGUGAGACAUCUGGAUGCAUGUGAAACAAUGGGUAAUGCCACAGCUAUUUGCUCAGAUAAAACAGGAACGUUGACUAUGAACAGGAUGACAGUGGUCCAAGCUUACAUCAGUGAAAAACAUUACAAAAAAAUUCCAGCACCAGAAGCUAUUCCAGAGAAUAUCAUGGCUUAUCUUGUCACAGGAAUUUCUGUUAAUUGUGCUUACACUUCCAAAAUACUGCCUCCUGAAAAAGAAGGUGGUUUACCACGUCAUGUUGGAAACAAAACUGAAUGUGCCUUGCUGGGUUUUCUUUUGGAUUUAAAACGUGAUUAUCAGGAUGUACGAAAUGAGAUCCCAGAAGAGAAGUUGCACAAAGUGUACACCUUCAACUCUGUUAGAAAAUCUAUGAGUACUGUGUUAAAAAACUCUGAUGGCAGUUUCCGAAUUUUCAGUAAAGGUGCCUCUGAGAUAGUUCUUAAAAAGUGCUUCAAAAUACUGAGUGCUGAUGGAGAACCAAAGGUAUUCAGACCUAGGGACCGUGAUGAUAUUGUUAAAACUGUAAUUGAGCCAAUGGCUUCUGAAGGGCUCAGAACCAUUUGUUUGGCAUUUAGAGACUUUCCAGCAGGGGAACCAGAGCCAGAAUGGGACAAUGAAAAUGACAUUGUUACUGGUCUGACAUGCAUUGCUGUUGUUGGGAUUGAAGAUCCUGUGAGACCUGAGGUACCUGAUGCAAUAAAAAAAUGUCAGCGUGCAGGCAUAACUGUACGUAUGGUCACUGGUGAUAACAUUAAUACUGCUCGUGCUAUUGCAUUAAAAUGUGGUAUUCUGAAUCCUGGUGAAGACUUUUUGUGCUUAGAGGGCAAAGACUUUAAUAGGAGAAUACGCAAUGAAAAAGGAGAGAUAGAGCAAGAGCGAAUAGAUAAAAUUUGGCCAAAGCUACGUGUUCUUGCAAGAUCAUCUCCUACUGACAAACACACUCUUGUAAAAGGUAUAAUUGACAGCACUAUCUUUGAUCAGAGGCAAGUUGUAGCAGUAACUGGUGAUGGUACCAAUGAUGGUCCUGCACUGAAGAAAGCAGAUGUUGGAUUUGCUAUGGGAAUUGCUGGAACUGAUGUUGCUAAAGAAGCUUCUGACAUUAUCCUUACGGAUGACAACUUCACAAGUAUUGUAAAAGCAGUUAUGUGGGGACGGAACGUAUACGACAGCAUUUCUAAAUUUCUGCAGUUCCAGCUUACUGUCAACGUAGUAGCAGUAAUUGUCGCUUUUACAGGAGCGUGCAUAACACAGGAUUCUCCACUUAAAGCUGUGCAGAUGCUGUGGGUAAAUCUGAUAAUGGACACAUUAGCUUCUCUUGCCUUGGCGACAGAACCACCCACUGAAGCUCUUCUAUUGCGAAAGCCUUAUGGUAGAAACAAACCUUUGAUUUCUCGUACGAUGAUGAAGAAUAUUUUGGGUCAUGCAUUCUACCAACUCGUAGUGGUCUUUACGCUCCUGUUUGCUGGUGAGAAAAUUUUUGAUAUUGAUAGUGGAAGAAAUGCACCUCUGCAUGCCCCUCCUUCAGAGCAUUAUACUAUUGUCUUUAAUACGUUUGUAAUGAUGCAGCUUUUUAAUGAAAUUAAUGCCCGGAAAAUUCAUGGUGAAAGAAAUGUUUUUGAAGGAAUCUUUAACAACGCUAUCUUCUGUACUAUUGUUCUGGGAACAUUUGUUGUGCAGAUAAUUAUCGUGCAGUUUGGUGGAAAGCCUUUUAGUUGCUCAAAACUCUCAAUUGAACAGUGGCUGUGGUCUGUUUUCCUGGGCAUGGGAACACUACUCUGGGGCCAGUUGAUUUCAACAAUUCCAACUAGCCGCCUGAAAUUCCUGAAGGAAGCUGGUCAUGGAACACAAAAGGAAGAGAUUCCUGAGGAAGAGCUAGCAGAAGAUGUGGAGGAGAUUGAUCAUGCCGAGCGAGAAUUACGUCGUGGUCAGAUCUUGUGGUUUAGGGGCCUAAACAGAAUACAAACUCAGAUGGAUGUAGUGAAUGCUUUCCAGAGUGGAAGUACCAUUCAGGGGGCUCUAAGGCGGCAACCCUCCAUCGCCAGCCAGCACCAUGAUAUACGAGUGGUGAAUGCAUUUCGUAGUUCUUUGUAUGAGGGGCUAGAGAAACCUGAGACACGAAGUUCAAUUCACAAUUUUAUGACGCAUCCUGAGUUUAGAAUAGAAGACUCCGAGCCUCAUAUUCCCCUUAUUGAUGAUACUGAUGCUGAAGAUGACGCUCCGACAAAACGCAACUCUACCCCCCCACCCUCUCCCAAUAAAAAUAACAAUGCGGUUGACAGUGGAAUUCACCUUACAACAGACAUGAACAAGUCUGCUACCUCUUCAUCCCCAGGGAGCCCGCUACAUAGUUUGGAAACAUCACUCUGAUUGUAAGCUGAAUGUUAACACACUAGCUGCAUUGUAAAGAAAUCGAAACUGGGUCUCUUCACACUUUAUGAUGGACAAGAUGAGAUUCUUGUCUCGGACUUCAACAGAAGACACACUUGUACGAAUGUAGAUUUAUUUUUUUAAAAAAAGCUUUCUGCCAGACUGGAGGGUGCUUUUCUGGGGGUGGGAGUAAUAAUGAACUCUGACAGAUGAACAGUAACUCGGCAUAAGUGACCUGUGGAUCAUCUGUUGUACUUAAGAAUGGUCCUGAACGGUGUGUUAGCAGAGCUUUAGUUUAUCAUGAUCCUUUUUUGAGGGGAAGGCUGGGAAGGGCAAGGAGGCCCUGGAUUGUUGAAUUGAUACUUUAAUUUCUGCUGUUGGCUGUUAAUAAUUUGGAUUAUUUAUGUUUAUAAAUGAUACAGAUCUGUUUACAAGGUUUGUAGAUACUUUUUUGUUCCUGUUCAUAGAUGGGAAGCUUCCUUAUAAAUGAUGCAGAGAAAAAUAAUAAUAAUUAAAAAAAAAAAAACUAGUCCUUCAAAUACUGCUGUAUUUUCAGGAAAAGGGUGUUUCUAUUGAAACUGUACUAAAUUUUGCCUGCAAUUUACCUUGUUAAAUAUUGUAGAUAAAUUGCUGAUACUAAUAGCCAAAUAGAUAACACUAAUGCUUUGUAAAAACAUGAGCAGUGGUGUUCUAAUGAAGUUAUGGCCUCUGUCCUGAUUAGUUUCUUAAAUACAUUUACUACUUAAUGGUUUUGAAACAACUGUUUAAUUUUUAAAAAUUUUGAGAAACUUACUGAAUAACUUUUGUUCAGAACUUAGUAGGAUUGUUUAAUGCAGGACAUCAAUAUGUGAUGGAACUUGCUUGAAAUAUUUCUGUUAUCUCGGGCAAAAUGGAUUAAAUCAGAAUACAUCAGAAUCUUAGUCCUUUGUUUUUGUCUAAACAUGUUAGUUUAGUGCUGUCUUGGUGAACUGUGAGUGGAACUGUGAUUUUUUUCUAAUCUAUAAAAUCCUUCAUGCAGCAUGAGGGCUGUUGGCAUUUUGAAAGGUUGUUAGUGGGUAGCAUACAUGUUCUCCUUUUUGUUUUUGAAACUUGUUUGUAAACAUGAAUAAACCUGCCCUUUUGUUAAAAUAAAAUUGCAGCAAUGGUUUAUUACAGAUUUUUUUUUUUUUUUUUUUUUUUUUUUUUUUUGCCCUCAUCUCCAUCACAGGAAACACUGAAAAGUGCUCUCUUGUAUUACUGGUUAAAACUACUGUUAGCUACAAUUUCAAGAUGGUAACAGCCCCACUAAAAGCAGGACUGUGGGUAAAUGGAGUUGCCGUGGCUGCCUCAGAAUGAAUGUAAGAUUAAGGUACUCACAAGUCUUCGCUGAGCCCAAAAGAUGCUCCUUGGCAAUGAAUAGUCUGGCUGAGAUUCUGAGAUACAGAGAUUUAUAAGUACAUCCCCUUGUAAAAGGAGGAAAAGAAGAACUGACCGAUGGCACUGGUGAAAGUACACUUUCCACUUGAAUAAUAUGCACCAAAACUAACCUGCUAGUGAUAGACUGGAAGAGCCACGGUCUGCCUCCGCUGCAUCCUUUAAACAGCUAAGGAUGGUGGAGCAGCGCUGAAUUUCCUGUUGCUGUGUUUUCCAGGUCCGUUACUGUUCAGAAGAGCAUGAGUUUAAUUCUGCGUUUCUUUUCGACAGCUCUGUAUUCAUAAGCGUAGUGUUUGCGUGGAUCAUUUUUCUUCUUUCCCAGAGUAGUCCAUAAUAUUGAAGACUUUUUUUUUAUUAUUUAAAGCGGUCCCUUGGGAGGAACUACAUUGGUAAUGAGGGAGGAGAUGAUGAUAGCAGAGCAAACUGCAGAAAUGAGCAGUUGAGGAGACAAGCUCGAGCAGAUCUUUUCCUUUGUGGUGGGAUAACUUCAUGCUUGCGUUUGUUCUUCAGUGGCUGAUGUUGAAUGUGUAGCACUGUAUCCCACUGUCAACCACAUCUGAAUUCAGUCUUUUCUAGUUUACUGAAGAAAAUACAUUGAAUUCUAGGCAAGGGGAGUUUGCACUUGACACUUUGUAUACUACCUUCUCCCACGUGUUUCUAGCACUUCUCUCACUUCAGAUAUUUCUUACCUAGAGUGCUUGGUGGGGUAAUCCUUUUUAUGUACGUGGUUUUUCUCCCUACUACUGAAGUCAGUUAAGCAUCGGUUUAAAAUGUGGAAAGUUUCUUUACCCAUAACAGUACGCCACCGUGAGAGGAAGAUUCACUGUAUCAUAACUCAACUUGAUUUUGAAAACAGUCUUUAGUUUUUCCCUCUUCUAGUUGUGCUCAUGACUGCGUUGUAUCUUUUGGAAUAAAUUCUACACGUAAGACUUUUGGGGGACAGGGGAGCAAAUGUAGGCUUUGUACAUCAGUGGUCCCUCUUGAUUCUGUUAAUAUCAGUGUGCUGUUCUUUAUAGGAAGUGUAAGUGAAACCUAAAUAAGGAAAAGUUGUUGGGGGGGUUGGGGGAAGGGAAUGCUUUCUUUGUGAUCUCAAGAAAUCAUAACAUGUUGCCUAGAUUAUGAAAUGGUUAUCACUAAGCUACUGAGGCCUUCAUUGCCUUUCUGGUUGUAAGGUUUACUUGUCUAUUGUAACUGAAAUAAAUAAAUGUGCUGUUCAUCUCA